UCUGACCGUGAACUCCAUCUCGAGGAGCUGAAAGUCGUCGCGGGGAAGUGUCGCGCAUCUUGGUGCUGACCACAUCCACAAGCAUGUCAGACGCACAGAAGCCAGAGCGUACACGGCCGCGAUUCGCACCCAAGGAGCCCAUCGAGCUUGAUCCGCCGCAGUCGACACCCAUCUCUCGAGAAUUUCUGGCGCAAUGUAACGGCGCGGAGGGCAGCCAACAAGGCAAUCGUCUACUGAUUGCCAUUCGCGGCAAAGUCUUUGAUGUCACAAGAAAUCAAGAUGCGUACGGGCCAGGCAAGGGCUACAAUAUCUUUUGUGGGAGCGAGGCAAGCCGUGCGCUUGCUUUGACGAGCUUGGAGCGCAAAGACGUCGAGGGCGAUCUCGAAGGCAAGUUGGAUGAUCUAACGCCGGAGCAAAUUCAGACACUGGUGGACUGGGAGACCUUCUUUGGCUAUCGUUACAACGUAGUGGGCCUGCUAGAGGGAAGUGCAUUCUUGUGAAGACCUAAU